AUGGAGGGGGUCCUGUACAAAUGGACCAACUAUCUGAGCGGCUGGCAGCCUCGGUGGUUCCUUCUCUGUGGUGGCAUCCUGUCCUAUUAUGACUCUCAGGAAGAUGCCUGGAAGGGUUGUAAGGGAAGCAUCCAAAUGGCAGUUUGUGAAAUUCAAGUUCAUCCUGCAGAUAACACACGAAUGGACCUGAUCAUCCCAGGGGAGCAGUACUUCUAUCUGAAGGCAAGAAAUGCAGUUGAAAGACAAAAGUGGCUGGUUGCACUAGGAACUGCCAAAGCCUGCCUGACUGACAGCAGGACACAGAAGGAAAAAGAGUUCACUGAAAACACAGAAGCCUUGAAGACUAAAAUGUCUGAACUUAGACUGUACUGUAACCUCCUUGUUCAGCAAGUGCAUAAAACAAAGGAAGCCAGCAUUUCUGGUGUGUCAGAACCAGAGAGUGAGAUUGAUAUGGGAGCUCUGUUGAAAUCAACCUGUGACACUUUCCUGAAGACUCUUGAAGAAUGUAUGCAGAUUGCAAAUACUGCUUUCACUUCUGAGUUACUGCAUCAGACCCCACCUGGAUCCCCAAAUUUAGCAGUUCUCAGAACGAGCAAGGUAAAGCACUCUGUCUUGUCCAGUCACACCUCAACAGAAAGGCAGGUGGAAUUGAACCCGUGUGAAAAUGGCUGUGUAAAAGCAGAAAUUAACCAUCAAGAGCAAGCAGUUGUUAAAAGUACGGAAUGUUUAAGCUUGGAAACAAAUGAGGGAACUGGUGAUGUCUGUGUUGAAGAUCAUGUAGCAAAGCAUUUGGCAGUUCUGAAAAAUGAUGGAGAGGACAAGCUGCAAGCUGUAGAAAGUUGUGGUGCCCACAAGUUGCUGCAGUCAGAAGCAAAUUAUUUAAGUGGAUUGACUCUGUGUGAGGAAGAAAGAAAUGAAAAUGAUUCUCCUACCUUCUUCAGUGUCAUGAGCAAUAGGUUCAGUGAUAUUGAGCUUCGGGAGGAGGAGGGCAUACCAACAGAAGAGUUCCUGGAGUCAUGUUAUGCAAUUGUGCCUGUUCUGGACAAGCUGGGACCAACUGUUUUUGCUCCGGUUAAGAUGGAUUUUGUAGGCAACAUCAAGAAAAUAAACCAGAAAUUUAUAACCAACAAAGAAGAGUUUGAUACCCUUCAGAAGAUUGUGCUCCAUGAAGUGAAUGAAGGUGUAGCCCAAGUUAGAAACUCUGCUACGGAGGCCCUCCUGUGGCUGAAAAGAGGUUUAAAGUUCUUGAAAGGGUUUUUGAUGGAGGUGAAGAAUGGGGAAAAGGAUAUCCAAACAGCUCUGAACAAUGCUUAUGGAAAAACAUUACGGCAGCACCAUGGUUGGGUUGUCCGCGGGGUCUUUGCAUUAGCUUUAAGGGCAGCUCCAACAUAUGAAGAUUUUGUGGCAGCUCUGUCUGUAGAUGAGUGCAAUCCUCAGGAAGAAACAUUUUACAAAGGAAUGCAGAGGGACCUCAACAUUUACUUACCAGCCAUGGAAAAGCAGCUAAAUAUCUUGGACACUCUCUAUGAAGUACAUGGUUUGGAGUCAGAUGAGGUGGUAUGACUACAGCAAGACCACAUCUUAAAAAUUCAGGGACUGUGUCUGUUAACAAAGAUUUCUUCCUUUUUGGUUUUGGGACAUUGUUUCUGUUCAUUGUA